AUGGUGGUGGUGUUUUGGUUUUUUAUGACGGGUUUUGUUGAUUUCGGCAGCACUUUUUCGAUUGUUAAGUGUUCAGAUCUUCUUCCAGGCCAGUAUACAUGUAAUGAAGCAGUUAUAGAUCGUCUAACGCAGCAACCCGUUGAUUGCGAAAAGUCUACUGGUUUAGCUGAAAUCAAAUGCUUUGUUGCACCGAACAUUUCAUGCAUUGGUAUGAGUAAUGACGACGGACGAGGUGUCUUCUUUAAGAAUACUACCUGCUUGUGGACUAAUGGCUAUAGCUAUGGAACGGCGUUAACUUUAUCCAUUUUUGGUGGGAUUUUUGGUCUCGACAGGUUCUACCUGGGAUAUGUCGCAUUGGGUGCUUUAAAAAUGUGGUCGCUUGGUGGCCUGGGUCUGUGGUAUUUGAUUGACGUUAUUUUGUUAGUGAAUAAUAAUUUACACCCGGCUGAUAGAUCUAAUUUAACACGUCCUUAUUUCAAUCCCGCCCCGAUUUACUUGCCCGCUUAUAUGUCGAUCGAUAAAGCAUCCAUUGAACCUAUCGAAGACGUGCGCGAUCAUCUUCACCUGCGUUUUCUUUCGCUAAUUUCUGCAUCUACUGGUUCCGACGCACCAGCGCUUCUUCAUUUAUUUAAUUGUGACGAACCCCUUUCUUGUCAUCUUGAGGCGUGGGCUCCUCUCUUUCCAAACAGUUCGUAUAGUGAAGGAGCUGUUUGUUGUAAAAAUCUAGUUACUCCGAUUGGAGUUGUUCCAAGGGCUCGAGUUCGUGAAUCGGACGUGAUAGCAAUCGAGAUUAAUCUUUCCCCUCCUCGUAAACGUCGUCGAACUUCCAUCAACUCUAAUUCCUCAUCAACGCCACCUGCUAGUGCAUAUUCUCCGUCGAACACUCGAAUCAUACGUGUACUUCGAAAUGACAUUCGGAGCAAGGUGAUCUACCUGCAUGUCAGGUUCAAAGACUCAUUGGAUCAGGAUGCUAUUGUAAUAUUACAGAAGUCCCCCUUUCCAAACGAAAUCCCUGAUCUGUGUGAGGCUCAGGUAGGUGUGCCCUACGUUGAAGGCGAUUGCGAUCAUAACGAAAAAGAAACAAACUUUCCUACCUGGAAAGUGGACGAGAUUGUAAGCAAUGACAGAUACCGUCGAUUCUCUGUUGUGACUGGGUUAGAGCGAGCUAAUCGUAUAAGUAUGACAGUAAUCCAUCCAGCGGAAGCCCAUCACUUCUCCAAGUACACGUCCUCUAAGCGCCAGAUAGUUUUGGAGACGCCUCAAACUUAUCAAAACGUUAUUCUCCCAUUUCUGGAGUCAAAUCCGAAGGACCUCAGCUGGGUUGACAAUAUUCUCAAUGGAACGGCUGAGGUAGAACGCGUUUUACUUACAGAUAAGGAUGCGAAUUUCGGGUUCACUCUAGUGUUAGAUUAUCGGUGGGAUGGUAGUAAGCUGCAUGAGCUUCAUGCCCUGGCUCUUGCAAGGAAUCCAAGACUGACAUGCCUGCGUGACCUAAGAGCUUGUCAUUUGCCAAUGCUGAGAACAAUGCUGACAGAAGGAAGAAAGCAACUUGUGGCAAAGUACAACGGUGAGAAGGAAGACGGGCUACGGGAGGAUCAAAUCAUUGCCUACUUCCACUAUCCUCCCACUUUCUACCGUUUACAUAUGCACUUUAUCCAUGUCGAGGGACCGGCGGACGGGGGCACGCAGGUUGGCAAGGCGACUUUAGCCGAGGACGUUAUUGAAAAUGUGGAGAUGAAGAGCGAGUACUACGCUGAGCGAACCGUUCCAAUCUACCUUCACGACAACCACCCAUUUCUAGAUGCCAUUCGGAAGUCCGAACACUUGUAA